AUGGGAAAAUACAGCAAAAAACGAGAAGGAACCAACAAUAGGCAAUUUACUAAUGUAGAAAAGUUGAAAGAUAACUUCUUCGCUAAUUCCGAAAGAAGAAGAAAAUCUGGUGAUAAAGCCCAUGCUGACUUUUUUAAUGCUACUGCCGGUAUAUCUGAUGAUGUAGAACAAAUUAAGUUAUCCGCCAACGAACAAAUAUUCAACCAGAAGAAACAAACACUAAUUACUAAAAUUCAAGGACUUAUCGGUAAAUGUCAAACUUCUAGCACUUCUUCUGUCGCUUAUGUCAAAUUGCAAAGACAACUAAAAGAAGUAGAAAACUUGACACCGAAACAUCAACAAGACUUACUGAAAUUGGAAGUAGAAGCAAAACAAGCAGAAAGCGAAUAUAAAGAAAACAAAGCCAAAGCUGACCAAGAAACUGAUCCUGAUAAAAAGGCUCAGUUUAUGAUUCUAGCCAACAAAGCAGCAAAAAAGGCGGAAGAUAUUAAAAGAAGAAUUAAAGUCAAUCCCCUCGCUGAUUUAAGUAGAUUUAGUAAUUUAGAUGAUUUAAAUAUACUAAUCGGAGGUAAUGUUCCCAAAAAUCCUCCUAGUUCCAAUAGAUCAAGUGGAAGUGGUGGUAAUUCUUCAUCAAAUACCUCUAAUCCUUUUAACCAGACUUCAAAUAAUCCUGAAAACAAUAAACAACUAAUCUUUAUGGCAACCACGAACAUGACUAACGAUAUCAAAAAAACCCUUGGUGAAACUACUGAACAAGUAGAAAAUAAAAUUCGAGAAACUUGGAAUAAUUAUCACCCUUAUUAUGGUGAAUUAGAACCCUACCAAAGAGGUCUAAUCUUAAUUGCUCUAACUGCUUUCUUAAUUUUUGCCAUCUACUAUCUCACUAAAUCAGACAAAAUCACUAAAUUGGAUACCAUUAAAUCUAAGAAUAAAAAACAGCAACAAAUACUCCUUUUGUUUUUAUUAGUUGCUGGAGCUACUUAUUACUUUAUGGUUUAUUUACCGGAUGAGGAAAAGAAAAAGAAAUUGGAACAACAACAAGCAAAUACUAAUAAUAAAAUAGUAAAAGCAAAAACAAGUGCCUUAAUUGGACAAUAUCAAAAGUUGGCUAGUUUAUUUACCGAUGGAGACAGAAAUUCAAAAUUUUAUUUCUCUCGAGCUGCCACUUAUAAAAUCUACUUCCCUCCUAACUUAAAGGAAUGUUAUGAAAAAGGUCAAGAAUCAAAAGACGACAUAGAAGCAGAAAGAAACCCAACUAGAGGAAUAAUAGAUAAAGAUAGCAGAGGUAAUAAUGCUUUGUUUUAUGGAACAGAGGGAACCGGCAAAACUGCUACUAUGAAAAAUCUUUGCGUGAGAGCUAAUAAAUAUCCCUUAGUAGAGAUUAAAGGUUCUAACUUAACUCCAACUGAACUAGACCAAUCAUCCGAGAUACUUCCCUUGCAGAAAUUUGCUUAUACCAUCAUUAGAGAAUGUGGUUUUGAAAGAGAAGACAACGGCGAAGUUCGUUAUAUUCUUUUUGUGGAUGAGGCUAAUCAAAUAAGUAAUAAUUCGGGCUUUUUUCAGCCAAACCAAUUAAGAUUUUUAAAAGAUUGCAUGGAAGGGGUAGAUAAAAAUGAUAGAAACUUGUUUAUUGAGAAUAACCCUGAUGCUCAAAUAGAAACGGAAGAAGAUGAAAAAGAUGAAGAUGGCAACCCAACCGGUGGUAAAGUGAAAAUAGAUAUUGAAAUAGCUGUAAAAAGAAGAAACAUUAUGUCUUAUGAUGGUAGUUUUGAAAGCAUUAAAAAAGAAACAGUAGAAAAGGUAUUAGAUACUCGUUUAAGUGAUGUGAUUGAAGUAAUUAAUGAUAAACUAAAUGAAUUAAUAGAUGAAGUAAACAAGUCUAGAAUAGAGGGCAAGGAACAAAUAAUGGAUGGCAUUGACAACAUAAUCAAAAAUUUAGCCAACAGAUAA